ACGGGCCCGCCGUGGCGAAUUAACUCCCCAUGUUUCCCUGUGGAGCGGCUGCGACGACUCGGGGGAGCGGCGUCUCCUGGCUCUUGGCUCUGCCGCCGCCGCUCCUGAGGCUUGAGGAGGAGGACGACGGCGGCGAGAAGAGAAAGGGAGAGCGCCGUGUGGCGGGGUCGGAGGCUGCGAGGGACGGGGAGCGCUUAACGAGCGGCCGGAACCAGGAAAACUGCUUGGGAUUUAAUCGUACAGGCUCCGCUGAGGGAUGGUGUGUGCCUGAAGGAGAGCCAGGGCAGAGGACAAAGUGAGGGGGCAAAAAGACCCGCCUGGGGGGCACUUCUUCUGGGUCCUCCUUAUUAACCUCCGACCCCUCCAACAUUGGCCAGAGGAAGGAAGGGAGGCUUGCUGCCGCUGGAAACAAUCCUGGGAGACUUCGGAUCUACAAAACAACAACAUCUGCCUUCUUCCUGCGCUUUGGAUUUUUAUUGCCUUCACCUUUUCUUUUUAACUUCAAGAAUAUACAAACACUGCACAUAGUUGCAAACUUGUACAUCCCAGAUGGCCAAUUCCCUCAACGGCCGGAACCCAGGUGGCCGAGGAGGAAACCCCCGCAAAGGGCGUAUUCUGGGCUUUAUUGAUGCUAUACAGGAUGCAGUUGGCCCCCCCAAGCAAGCAGCUGCUGAUCGCAGGACAGUGGAAAAAACUUGGAAAUUAAUGGAUAAAGUGGUAAGACUGUGCCAGAACCCCAAACUUCAACUGAAAAACAGCCCACCUUAUAUACUUGACAUUUUACCAGAUACCUAUCAACAUUUGCGACUUAUAUUGAGCAAGUAUGAUGACAACCAGAAACUUGUACAGCUCAGUGAAAAUGAAUAUUUUAAAAUCUAUAUUGAUAGUCUUAUGAAGAAAUCAAAACGGGCUAUAAGACUUUUUAAGGAGGGAAAAGAGAGGAUGUAUGAGGAGCAGUCACAGGACAGACGAAACCUCACAAAGCUGUCCCUCAUCUUCAGUCACAUGCUUGCAGAAAUCAAGGCAAUCUUCCCUAAUGGCCAGUUCCAGGGAGACAACUUUCGUAUCACUAAAGCAGAUGCUGCAGAAUUCUGGAAGAAGUUCUUCGGAGAAAAAACCAUAGUGCCUUGGAAGGUGUUCCGGCAGUGUCUACAUGAGGUGCACCAGAUUAGUUCUGGUUUGGAAGCAAUGGCUUUGAAGUCUACUAUUGAUUUAACGUGCAAUGACUACAUUUCAGUUUUUGAAUUUGAUAUUUUCACAAGAUUAUUUCAGCCUUGGGGUUCAAUUUUAAGGAACUGGAACUUCUUAGCUGUGACGCAUCCUGGAUAUAUGGCAUUUCUGACAUACGAUGAAGUUAAAGCACGGUUACAGAAAUACAGCACCAAACCAGGAAGCUACAUUUUCAGAUUAAGUUGCACUCGACUAGGGCAGUGGGCCAUUGGCUAUGUCACUGGCGAUGGAAAUAUUUUACAGACCAUACCUCACAAUAAGCCUUUAUUUCAAGCUCUGAUUGAUGGAAGCCGGGAAGGAUUCUAUCUGUAUCCAGAUGGACGAAGUUAUAAUCCUGAUCUGACAGGACUAUGUGAACCCACCCCACAUGAUCACAUAAAAGUUACACAGGAACAAUAUGAAUUGUACUGUGAAAUGGGUUCCACGUUCCAGCUUUGUAAAAUUUGUGCAGAGAAUGACAAAGAUGUGAAGAUUGAGCCUUGUGGGCAUCUGAUGUGCACAUCUUGCCUUACAGCUUGGCAGGAGUCUGAUGGCCAGGGAUGCCCUUUUUGUCGCUGUGAAAUCAAAGGGACUGAACCCAUAAUUGUGGACCCAUUUGACCCCAGGGAUGAAAACACAAGGUGCUGCAGCAUUAUGGAUAGUUUUAGUAUACCCAUGCUUGACUUGGAUGAUGAUGAUGACAGAGAAGAAUCCUUAAUGAUGAAUCGAUUGGCUUCUGUGCGAAAGUGUAACGAAAGACAGAAUUCUCCAGUGACAUCUCCAGGAUCUUCUCCACUUGCUCAAAGAAGAAAACCACUUCCUGAUCCCCUGCAGGGGUCCCAUCUUAGCCUCCCACCAGUGCCUCCUCGAUUAGAUCUAAUUCAGAAGGGAGUGGCUCGCUCCCCUUGUGCCAGCCCUACUAGCUCACCAAAGUCUUCUCCAUGUAUGCUGAGGAAACAAGACAAGCCUCUUCCUGCACCACCACCACCUAUACGUGAUCCUCCCCCACCUCCGCCAGAUAGACCUCCUCCCAUUCCACCCGAUAAUAGGUUAAGUAGACUCUUGCAUCAUCCUGAAAGUGUGCCUUCCAGAGACCAGCCUGGGCCAUUUGAAGCCUGGUGCCCCAGAGAGGUGUGUGGGACUAAUCAAAUGGUGGGAUGUCGGAUAGUAGGAAGUGAUGGUUCUCCCAAACCUGGACUCACUGCAGGCUCAAAUAUGAACGGAAGGCAUUGUCGCAUGGGUUCUGAUCCAGUAUUUCUGCGAAAACAUAGACGCCAUGAUUUGCCUAUAGAAGGUGCCAAGAUAUUUUUAAAUGGCCAUCUGGGUAAUGAAGAAUAUGAUGUUCCACCUCGACUCUCACCCCCUCUACCAGUUGCCUCAGUCAUGCCGAAUAUGAAGUCGUCUGUUCCUGUUAUAAAUUCCCUCACUGAGAAACCAAGGGAACAUGUAGAAGAAGAUGAGUACAAGAUUCCUUCAUCCCAUCCUGUUUCUUUGACUUCACAGUCACCUCAUUGUCAUAAUAUAAAGCCUCACAUUCGUGUAUGUGAAAAUGGAAUAAUGAAUGAAAUGCACAAUACUGCCUCCGAGAUGAAAAGAUUGAAACAUCCAGAGAUGGGAGAUGCCUUUGAAUCCGCUGUCCCAAUACCAUUACCACCUGCGCGGCCUCCUGUGAGGGAAAACUUGAAACAUGGCUCAGUACUCAACAGGACUCCCUCUGAUUAUGACCUGCUGGUGCAUCCUCCAGGUGAAGAUGAUUCUGACCACACGCCACCCUCGCUUCCUCCACCCCCUCCACCCCCUGCACGUCACAGCCUCAUUGAGCAAACAAAGCCACUUGUUGCAGGGAGCAGACCUCUCUCUGGGCAUGAACUGUACCUUCCCCCUGCUGAUCUUUUCUUUGAUCCUGUAAAUGGCUUAGUUCCUUUACCCCCAGUUCGAAGAUUAACUGGUGAAAAUAUGAAGACCCACAGAACAUCCCAGGACUAUGACCAGCUUCCGUCUUGUUCAGAUGGUUCACAAGCACCAGCCAGACCUCCUAAACCACUUCCUCGCAGGACUGCUCCAGAAAUACACCAUAGGAAAGCACAUAACUCUGACACAUCCAUAGAAAAUGUUGAUGCAAAAAUUGCGAAACUUAUGGGAGAAGGUUAUUCCUUUGAAGAAGUGAAACGAGCACUCGAGAUAGCCCAGAAUAACCUUGAUGUAGCACGGAGCAUUCUAAGAGAAUUUGCUUGCUUUCCUCCAUCAAUUUCUCCACGUCUCAACCUAUAGCAGUAUGGAAAACCUUACAGCAAACCAAUUCUCCAUAGGUGUACAUGUGAACAUGAGAGAUUAUGUGCUGGUGUGAGAUGGAGUGCAAGAGAUGUUCUUCUCUAGUAUCUUUGAAGAGUUGAGAUGCUGCAGUUUUCAGAAUAAGAUAACUGCUGAGUUCAAGACAUAAGUGGAUUGAAUCGUCUGUAUUUUUGCUAGCCAUACUUUUUUGAAUCAGGGUUGAACUGACAAAUAAUUUAAAGAAGUUUACUUCCCAUGAACUUUUAAUCUGUGAAAUGCUUUUUCAUGUUUACAAGGUGGUGAGUGACCUUUUUCAAGCUGAUAGUCCUCUGUUCUUGUUCAUAUUUUCUGUUGUGUGGCAUUUCCAGCUGUUUUGUAAUGACUUGUUCCAUCAACUAAGUUGGUUACUUUUUCCUAAAUGUGCACUCUCCAUUUUUAUUUGACAAGAAGCUUUAAGUUUUUUGCAUUUCAGCAUCAAGCUAAUGCAAGAAAAAAUGUGGCCUUCACUACUGAUUUUUUUUCCUGGAAUACUUUUGCUAUUUAGGGAGAGAGAAAAUGAAUGUGUAAUGCAUUAUUUUGUCUUUGGUCUGCCUUUUUAAAGGCAUUUUGAUCACAACAUUGGGCAGCUUUUCUUGUGGCUGGUAAGCUUCAAGGUCUAGAUGGCUUCAGUAAUAAAAUUAAAAUUUACAAUAUUAAGUUGCAUGAUAUGAUACAGUAUAUAAAAAUCCAAAUGUAUGUGUUUAAAAUUAGCCCUUUGUUCCUUUAUGAGCUUAAUGAAAGGUACCCAUGUUGUUCAUGACUUGAAUAUCAUUGGGCGUGCCAAAUAGGUCUUGUUGAAUUAUAUUCACAAUGGUCAGGUAAAUUAUACUCCUGUCUCCUGGAAGGUGGGAUGUAGUUAAUUUCCUGUGUGGAUGAUUAUGCUUUGAUUCAUCACAGCUUUGGGGGGAAAUCCAUAUUAACAGAGGAACUUAAAAUCUUUGCACUGUUGAGUCAUAAUGCUACUCUAGCACUAUUUUUGCAAAGCUUCUCAUUAAUUCACAUUAUUACCUUAAAUGUGUGUUCAGUGUUCAGAUAAACUGAUUGCACUAUAUCUGCAUUCUUGGAGACAAUUUACAUCUUUUCGCCUUGAGUUCGUAGUGGUAUCCCAGACUGUGACCUUUCAAAGCACAAGCCAAACCCAAGACCUUCAACUUCUUAAAUGAGUUAUUCUUACAAAACCCCAGAAUAAAUUCAGAUGUGCUUUUAGUCCACCCAUUCACCCACCCAGCUAUUGAGGUCUCCACAUUUCCUUUUACAUACGCUCACUGAAAUUGUAAACCUGGGAUAAAUAGAGUGAUCUGUAUAUAAAAUGUACUUUCCUCAUUAUAUUUUGAGUGUGAUCUACAAACAUUGCUUAUGGGAUUGAUCUGCAGAAUACACCUUGCCCGGGGACUAUGUGUUUGAUACACUGGCCAGUCUAAGGUAUGUCACCCAUGUGUUGCUACUACUAAACAGAAGUGUUUAGAGCCAACACGAAGGCACCCAAAUGACUUUGCAGGCUCUCCAGCCCUUCAAACCCCAUACAUUUGAUAUGCAGCAUCUACAACAUCACUUGGCUUGGUAGUAGUUCAACAUCUGAUGAGACAGCUGUUGACUGUUAGGAGCAGUUGUAACCACUCUUGUUCCUGACUGAAUGCAGACUGGUGUUAACCACUGCAAGAGGGAUUAGGGGAGAACAGGGACACAACAGUGCAGCAGGGCUCAGCCUUCUUUGGAAGGUAUUUAGUAACAUCUCAGCACAACACUACAUAAAUUUAUUUUGAAGCUCUAAUGCCAUUUACAAUUAUUUUUAAAAUAGAAUUUACAUUGAAACUGAAAUAUAUCAUCUCAGAUGCUAUAGAUCCUUGUGAUUGCACAGUCAUGUAAUAUGCCCAUAUCUAAAUCCAGUUUUUCAAAGGGUACUUCUAAGCAAUCACAGCUGAUUAUUUUGUUUCCAUGGAGCAUCAUAUCAAUAUUAAGUCCAGGAAAGGAUCUUUAAACAGUCUGGUUUUGAAUAUCCUUUUAAUAUAAAACAUUUUUGGCGUGCUGCUAAGUUAAACCUGUAGCUUUAUUAUUUGGACUAGCAUUUGGACUAAUUCCAAUGGAUGAAGUCAUUUGAAAAUAUUGUAAUGUGUCAAGUUAGACAUGACUCAUCCGAUCUGGAUCUAACAAGGUAGGAUUCGUUUAACAAGGUAAUUCUUCAACAGGUUGCAAGGGCAUCAUAUUCUAAUAUAGAAUGCUCAUUCAAAUGCCUUCACCAUUCUAAAAGUCACCUCAUGGAUGUGAGAGGCUAUGCCCGAAUGGUCCUAAUAGGCAUCUUUAUGAAUAAAGCCAAGUGAAAUUGAGCACUCUUUGAUGGAUUGCUUAUUGCACGCAAGUUAGCAGCCUUAAGAAUAAAUCACCAGAAUCUUAUUCUUUACAAGGUCUCUACAUUUCCACCGAAGAAGGGCUUGCUCAUACCAAGCGUACACCAUUAUAUUUAAGCACACAAUAUUGUGCUAAAUAGCACGCUUUCAAAAUGAAUCCAUUUCAGAGUUUGGUAGAGUACUUAAUUUACUAGAUUACAACUCCGAUCCUGUCUCUACAUUCAAGACUCAUCCGAGAGCUUUAAACAUUUCAACAUAUUUUUUAGCUCAUUUUUUGCAUUUCUUACUACUAAACUAUUCUAGAGUUGCUGAAUCAGAUGGUGGGGCAUAUCAGCAAUGCAGAUAACUUCCAAUAUGUUGUGGAAACAAAAACCCUUCACAUCUCUUAAGAUAAUUGAGCUGCCUUUUUAGUGGCUUUAUCCGUGUCUUUAAAUAGCCACUAGUCUAACGUCAGUUUUGCUUGUAUCCCAAGUGUGUGUCUGAGGAUUUUUCAUAAUGUGAAUUUAUUUUGUACCAGAAACAUUCUUCUAUUUUUAUUUCUUGUAUUUCCAGCUUGAAGCUUUACUUUGCACUGACCUGGUAAAUGUUUUAAUUUGUGUCUUAAAGUUUGACAAAUUUUGAACAGACAAGUGUGUGUUGAAUCAGGUACUGCUUGUGGACCUGGAACAUAGUGCUUCUAGGACUGAUUUCUUGAAAGGACUGCAAUAGUUUUCAUUUUGAAGGUUUAUCUUCUAAAUAACUAUUUUAUCUGAAAAUGCCUUUUAUAAACUUGUCUAAUGUGGCAAACAUAGUGAUGUGAUCAAUUUAUAUUUUAUUCAACAUUCUUUUUCAAUUCUGAAUAUUAUGUAACCUCAAGUUACUUUCUCUGUUCUUGUAAGGUAUUUUAUAAAAAUUAAUGUUAACAGAACGA